AUGGCUCUGCAGAGGCUGUGCCGGGGCGUCGGGGCGCUCGGCUGCAGGAGGAGCUCCGGCCUGCAGGGCCAGCUGCCGGGAGAACUGGUGGAGGCCCUGCGAGCUGUGGUGGGGAGCCAGAACGUGUCCACAGCCCUGGCCGUCCGGGAGCAGCACGGGAGGGAUGAAUCCAUGCACAGGUGCAGCCCGCCGGACGCCGUGGUCUGGCCCCAGGACGUGGAGCAGGUCAGCAAGUUGGCGGGGAUCUGCUACAGUCACGGUGUCCCCAUCAUCCCCUUCAGCACCGGCACGGGCCUGGAGGGCGGCGUCAACGCAGUGAGGGGCGGCGUGUGCUUUAACCUGACCCGAAUGGAUCGCAUCACAGCGCUCAGCACUGAGGACUUCACUGUGGCCGUGGAGCCAGGGGUGACCCGCAAAGCGCUCAACAAUUACCUGCGGGACACUGGCCUCUGGUUCCCUGUUGACCCUGGCGCUGACGCCUCCCUGUGCGGCAUGGCGGCCACCAGUGCCUCAGGCACCAAUGCCGUGCGCUACGGCACCAUGCGCCACAACGUGAUCAACCUGCAGGUGGUGCUGGCCGAUGGCAGAGUGCUGCACACGGCCGGCCGGGGCCGCCACUUCAGGUACCGGGGGCUGCGGCUCGGGGGCGGGGGGCACCAGAGGACUCCUGCCCCGAGAUCUCAUCCUAGCCCCUUCUCGCCCUGCUGCAGGAAGAGCGCUGCCGGCUACAACCUGACAGCGCUGUUUGUGGGCUCCGAGGGGACGCUUGGCCUCAUCACCCAGGCCACACUGCGUCUCCAUGGCAGCCCUGAGGCCACGGUGGCGGCCGUGUGCGCCUUCCCCAGCGUGCAUGCGGCGGUGGGCUGCACUGUGCAGGUGCUGCAGGCCGGCAUCCCCGUGGCCCGGAUCGAGUUCCUGGACGACGUCAUGAUGGCCGCCUGUAAUCGGUUCAGUGGCCUGAGCUACACCGUGUCCCCCACACUCUUCCUGGAGUUCCACGGUUCGCCUGGCAGCGUGGAGGAGCAGGUCCGGCAGGCAGAGGAGAUCGUGCAGCUGAACGGUGGCUCGGACUUUGCCUGGGCCCGGGAGCUGGAGGCGAGGAACAAGCUGUGGGCCGCUCGGCACAACGCCUGGUACGCGGCCUUGGCCCUGCGCCCUGGGAGCAAGGGCUACUCCACAGACGUGUGCGUCCCCAUCUCCCGGCUGCCCCACAUCGUGGGAGAGACCCACAGAGACCUGCAGGAGUCAGGGCUCACAGGCCUGAUAGUCGGGCACGUGGGCGACGGGAACUUUCACUGCCUCCUGGUGUUCGACCCAGCCGACCUGGCCGAGAUCCAGCGCGUCAAGGAGUUUGCAACCCGACUGGCCAGACAGGCCCUGGCCCUGGACGGAACCUGUACAGGCGAGCAUGGCAUCGGGCUGGGCAAGCGCCAUCUGCUGUGGGAGGAGAUCGGGGAGCUGGGACUGACCAUCAUGAGGCAGAUCAAGGCCACGCUGGACCCCAAGAACCUCAUGAACCCUGGGAAGGUGCUGUGA